CAAUGAAAAUGCCACCAAUUUUAACCCAAAAUACAUACAUACAUAUCCACUCUCUGCAAACAAAGAACCAUUCUUCGUUGCAAAAUCUCAGAUCUCAAAAUAAUGGAUUUUCUUCGGACUCAGAGGAUCGAGGUGAUAAGCAUGGCAGUAGCUCUUGUUGCCAUUGUUGGUGGUACCGCUUACUAUUACUAUCUCACCAAGAAACCUAAAGGGUGCUUGGAUCCUGAGAAUUUCCAGGAAUUUAAACUUGUCAAGCGCACUCAACUCAGUCAUAAUGUUGCCAAGUUCAGAUUUGAACUUCCCGAUUCAAGCUCCGUGUUGGGACUCCCCAUUGGACAACAUAUCAGCUGCAGAGGGAAAGACAGUCUUGGCGAAGAAGUAAUCAAACCAUAUACUCCAACAACAUUGGAUACUGAUAUUGGAUACUUUGAAUUGGUCGUAAAGAUGUAUCCACAAGGAAGAAUGUCUCAUCACUUCAGUGAGAUGCGUGAAGGUGAUUACUUAGACGUGAAAGGACCAAAGGGACGCUUUAAGUACCAACCCAACCAAGUAAAAGUUUUUGGAAUGAUUGCUGGUGGCACCGGUAUCACUCCAAUGUUUCAGGUUAUAAGAGCUAUACUAGAAAAUCCACAGGAUAAAACCUACAUAAAUUUGAUAUAUGCCAAUGUCACACGUGAGGACAUUCUUCUAAAGCAAGAGUUGGAUCUUUUGGCAGUUAAGUUUCCAUAUCGAAUUAAAGUUUAUUAUGUUCUAAAUCAGCCACCAGAGAUAUGGAAUGCUGGAGUCGGAUUCGUAACCAAGGAAAUGAUCCAAAAACGCUUCCCUGCACCAGCAUCCAAUAUUAAGAUAUUAAGGUGUGGACCACCUCCCAUGAACAAGGCUAUGGCUGCUCACCUUGAAGAACUUGGUUACACCUCUGACAUGCAGUUUCAGUUUUAAUUCUUUGAUAAAGCUAUACCCCGUCACUUAGUCCAAUGUCAAUAUUCAGACAUAUUUGGACAGAAUAAAUGCCAAUAUUAUAUUUCAAUAUCAUGAAUUUUGAUUUUCAACUGAUAAAAUAUGUCAAAUAAUUUUUAAUUCUUGUAGUGAAAUUCUACCAUUCAUUCAGAA